UUGUUGCCAGUGUUUUCGGCUGAUUUUUUUCAAUAUUUAUUAACAUCAAUUUUUUCGUUUUAAUUUUUGUUCUAAAAAUGUCUACUUUUUCAAUACCAAGUUCAAAAUGUUUCGAUUUGAUACAGACAUUAAAUUUUGAUCAAUUAGAUCAAUUAUCAUCACGAGAUAUACGUUAUAUAUUACCUUGUUUAGUACGUAUGUGUCAUUGUGAUACAAUAGAUUCAUCAAGAAAAUGGCUGGAGAAUCGGCGAAAAUUGAAACGAAUUCUCACAACAUUUCCGGAAGCAAACGAUAUUCGUCAAGUUUUAGAUAUUGAUUAUGUUCAAUUAGAAUCAGAAGUGAAAAAAGAUUUGCAAUUACGAUUAAAAUCACCGAGCCAACCACAACCAUAUGAAACAUACCUGUUGUCAUCCGUAUUUCAAUUAUUCAAAAUUUCAAACGCUGACUAUGCUGAACAUAGUUUGAUAAAAAUUUUCGAACAUAAUGAUCAAAAACUUUUAAUACGUAUGAAAUUAGUUUUAAAUGAAUUGCUUACAUUAUUUAUAUAUUUUAAAAAUCAAUCAUAUCAAUUAAACCAGCUACAUUCCGGUCCAGUUGCAUCAGAAUUAUUUGAUACAGAUAUCUAUCUUGAUGAAAUUGUUGAUCUUAUCUAUUUUGCAAUCUCUGAAAUGCCAAGCACAUUUCAAUUGUUUGAGAUUGUUGAAACAUUAUUGAUUGUUAAAAAUGGUCUACCAUUGGUCGUGCGUUUAGUGGCUAAUUUUCCCGAAUCAUUUCAUGAAAUAUGUAGCACAUUGAUAAACAAUAGUGAUAGCAAUGUGAUUGAAGAGCAAAAUUUUAUUUCAUCAAAUCGUGUUCAAGUAUUACGCAAACUUUGCCAAAUGAAUCAAUCAGAAGCUUUAUUGAUUCGAAGUGAAGCAAUUGAAUUAUGUCGUAUGCCGAAUUUGAUCGUUAUGCUUACAUUGGAUCACAUAAGACAUCGUGAUGAUAGUAAUGAGAAAACCAAUUCCGAUGUUCUAUCAUUCUUGACAGGAAUAUUAUUAAGUAAUGAUGAUAAAAUUCGUACAUGGUUCUCACAAUAUAUUAAACGAAAAAAUCUAGACACAUCGCCACAAACAAAUUGUUUCCUAGAAUUUCGGGAACAACUUUUACGUCGUUUUCGUUCAAUCACUGAAACUAUGAUGAAUCUUUCGAAUAAUUUUUCUUCAGCAAAUGGUAACCCAAAAAUUGAAGAAUCAAUCAUAACCGAAGCUUGUUUGAUGCUACGUUUAUAUUGUGCACUUCGUGGUGUAGCCAUGAUGAAAUUGAAUGACGAAGAAACACAAGCCAUAAGCAAAAUGAUUGUUUGUCGUCCACCACAUAUUGAUAUCGGUGUCCGUUUCGUAUCGGUUGGUCUUUGUAUGAUAUUGGCCUUUCCUAAGAUGAUUAUCAGCCAAGAAACUGAAAUCAUUGAAUGGAUCAAAUGGUUGGUAAAAGAAGAAAAUUAUUUUGGACAAAAAGCCAAUACGAAAGCAUCGUUUGGUGAGAUGCUAUUAUUGAUUGCUAUAUUUUUUCAUUCAAAUCAAUUGACUCAAAUCGGAGAAUUAGUAUCGUCAACAAUAGGCAUCAAACAUUCAUCACGAACCAAUGAAUUAACCUUAAUCAAACAUAUUUUCAUUCAAGAUAUAUUUACUGAACAAACUGUCACCGCACAUGCUAUAAAGGUACCAGUGACGAAAAAUUUAAAUGAUUCAAUCACAGGUGCCUUGCCCAUUCAUUGUAUCUAUCAACUUUUAAAGAGUAGAGCGUUCACCAAAAAUAAAGUACCGAUAAAAAAUUGGAUUUUUCAGCAGCUAUGUAAUUGUCGGCCACCGAUUCAUCACAUUCUUCCAUCAUUGAUUGAAGCAUAUGUAAAUUCAAUAUUACUUCCUACUAGCCAAUCGGCCCAUAUGACUAAUGAACCGAUUGCCGAAGAAGAUCUUGUACAAGUAUUUCAACGAAUCGUAUAUUCUUUUGAGCCAGAUCAAAUACAAAAAACUGAUCGAAAUCCAUCAGGCGAUGAGGAAUCAACAGAUGACGAUCAAAAUGACUCAGAUAAUGAUUCAGAUGAUCAAGAACGAAUGGAUGUCGAUGAUGAUGAAACCGAGAAUGAAAAUGAUGAUUCGAAUCUAUCGACAGGAAAUGCUAAAAGCUCAGAAGAAUCAUUGAAUUCGGUAUCCUGCUUAUUGACAUCACAGUUAUUAUUUCUUUACUAUGUUCUUCUUUAUGAGGAUGUUCGGUUAGCAAAUAUUCGAAAUGUAGAUCGUCCAUCAAUGACAUAUUCAAGUGAAUUCAUGUCUCGUUUGCCAAUAUUUUAUCUAAUUCAGCGCACUCAAACAUGUCCAGAAGAAUAUGGCUUACUUAGGCCUCCAUUAUUGCGAUUGAUUUCAUUUCAUUAUCCACAUUUAUGUUUGGUUCGUGAUUGGCUACCCAGACCGAAUUUUUCCGUGUCUAAUCAUAGAUCAUUAUUCUCAUUACAUGAUCGUCAUCAAGUUAAACAGAUUGUUGCUCACCGAAAAAAAUUAAGAAAAUUAUUCCAGACAACUUUACGUUCAUUAAAAGAAAAACUAUAUAAUCAGAAUCGUGAACCAUUCUAUUAUUUAGAACAAUUAGUCAAAUUGCCUGAUGAAUUAUUAUGGCCAUUUGCCACUGAUUUUAUUCAGCUUUUACCAUGGAUAUUGGAUGUAGAUACACCGAAAAAAAUUCUUUUACUAAUUCGACAAAUUUGGUUCCGCUUAAAUUACAUAUUUCCUACCAGACUUUGGGUUAUGACUGUGAAUAUUCUUCGCAAUGGAUCUAUAAACGGAUUCUUGAGCUCCUGGAAUCAACAAAAUUGGGAGGAUAUUGUCAUGAAUCCGAAUUUUAUUUUUCGUUGUGAUCAACGUGUUUUUCGGAUACCCGAACUAAUGGAGAUUCUUUUACACAUGAUCGAUGGAUUUCUUUCGGCAUCAAAGAUUAAAUGCACACAUCAUAAUAUGGAAUGUAUUGGUCGACAUACUGGAGAUGAAGAGAAAAAGAAACGUGAAGAAUUGUCACGAAUUUAUAAUCUAACUUGGGAUUCGGCUGCCAUUCAAAUGUUAUUGGACUGUUGCUCACCUCAAAUUGAUCAGAAUGUUCGAGAAAAAUUUUAUCAAUAUAAUCCAUGUGAUAAAGUGUCCAAACAAAGUUCAAUAUUAAAUCAUCAAAUUGAUUGUCUACUAUCGAAUAGAAGAGAAAUUCAAGGAUUAAUUUGCACACAUUUACAUCAACGUUUCAUUGCUGAUUGGAAUCUAGCUAAAACGGUUUCAACACAAGGUUAUGAUCCAGAAUUCUUACCAAUGGCUGUAGCCGGUAUACCGUCAUUACAUAUUUGUUUAGAUUUUAUACCAGAUAUACUACAAUAUACCGAUCUUAGCAAACAGUCAUUCGCUAUAGAUUUAACAUCACAUCUAUGUGUUCAAUAUCCAAUACCACGUUCAUUUAGUAUCGCUAAAUUAUGUUUUGAAUUUGCCAACAUUCAUCUUACCUUAUUACCAAAUCCAAAACUUUGUCAAUUUUAUCUUUCAAUAUUACCGGCAUUAGAACGUAUGACACACACAUUUCCACCAUUGAUUGAAGGGUUCCUAAAACUUCUCAUACGACUUGGUCAACGUAAUUUAUCAGCAUUCGCAGCAAAACCUGGAUCAAAAUUUUUCCUAAAUUCUACUGAUCAAAUCCUGUUUCUACCUUCUUCUUCAUCAUCAUCAUCGUCAUCAUCAUAUGAAACAAUUUCUAAUGAAUUUGAUGCAAAUUCAGAUUCAUCAUCAUUAGUUAUUAAAACGAACAAUAAAUCACUGUUACCGGAUCAAGAAAGAUUUUCCAAAUCUAAAUUAAUCGAUAUUUCAUGGUUGGAAUUUAAUCAAAAUAUAGCGAAAAAAAUGUCACCAGAAGAAUCAUUAGCAUUGGCUAUACAUAAAACAUUUGCUAUGGUAUGUCAAUUGAGUUCGAUUAAUCGAAUCUAUCGUGAUAGUAGUACAAUUUAAUCAUAUAUAUAAUGUUUCAAUUCAUUCAUUUGUAAAUUAUUCAUAGAUAGAAUAUUCUAUUCAUUUAU